AUGGAGCCUGAUUUGUCUUAUCGAGCUCCAGGUCUGAAGACCAAGAAGUCGGCAUCAGUUCUUCAUUCCUCCCAAAAUUCAGGCUCUAAGAGCUUCCUAGCAUUACUGUUGAACGUGGAAGUGCAAGCAUUGUUUAUCAAAUUGCAGAAAAAUGGAAUUUAUAUUCCAAAGGAGAGGUAUGCUCAAGAAGAAGCUGAGAAAAAGGCGUCUAAAGAUAAGAAGAGCUUGGAUGUUGGUGCCAACCUCCUCAUUGGAAACCAAGCCCUUCAUUGGAAACCAAUAUGCAUGCAAGAUUACACAGAAGCUGCCACAGUUGUGUUUCUAUUCUGCGUUGCAGAUGGAAGCUUUGCUAAAGCCAAGCCCUUUUCUUAG